GUGCUGAACAAUCCCAUUCGCUGUUUUUAUCAAUUUGGAUUGAAUUAUUGUUAUUCAGUUAUUCCCAUAAAAAGUAUUAGAUGUGAAUAAUGGGAGUGGGCGAUUAAACCAACCCAAUUCAGCUAGGCGUUCUAAUAGUUGACAAAAUGCGAACAGUGCAUUGAAUUGUAUACGGAGGACCAGUGGCGAAAAGCGAGUUAAUCCAGUCACAUGGACAGAAGGUGGAAUCCAGAAAACUUAGAGGAGCAGUGCUUCCUCAUGGCAGCGGAAAAUUCCUCCGGCUCGGGAGCAGCUGCUUCCGGAUCCGAGGACGAGGCGGUGUCCACCAGUGGAGCCCUACGCAGCAAAGCAAAGCUGAGGAAGCGGCAGCUAAGAAAUCGCAUGCCGCUACCCAGGAUGUUGAGACGCCUUGGCUGCUACACGCUGAGUGCCUUCAUAAUCUGUGGGCUGCUCCUCGUCUACCUGCCGCUCGUCUACUUGGAUGUGCACAAGCGUAGUGCUGGUCUGCCCGAUUGGACGCUAGAAACCUCCCGCAGCAUAGCUGACUACCUGGAUAUGGGCCUCAGUUCUGGUGUCAUUGUUCCCAAGGACUUUUGCAGGAAUAAGACCUUCCUGGUAAUCGCCGUAUGCACCGGCGUGGACAACUUCAUUCAGCGACAGACCAUCCGUGAGACCUGGGGCAAUACCACCGAGUUCAACUACCCAGCCUUUGUAAAGCUCCAUGGUCAUCUCAAGGGGCACUACCUGCCGCCACUGUCGGAUCGCUUAAAAAUGUACGGGGAUUAUUUGAGCGGCGAGGGCGACUCUCUGACUGCUUCAGUGCGCAUUGUUUUCAUUGUGGGCCACCAGAAAGAUGAGGCCAUGUUGGGCAAUGAGACCCUGAAUCGCAUUCACAUCGAAUCGGAACAGUACAACGACAUCAUUCAGGAGAACUUCGUGGAUAGCUACAACAACCUGACGCUUAAGUCUGUGAUGGCUCUAAAGCACAUUAGUCGCAGUUGCUUCAAUACCGCGGCCUACUUCCUCAAGUGCGACGACGAUACCUUUGUGAAUAUACCCAAUUUGCUGAACUUUCUGCUCGGAGGAACUAUACCGUUGUACAACGAUACCAUGGAUUACCACGACCGGUCCACCUAUUUAGUCACUGCACCACAAACCCGAUUGAAAGCCAGCAGCGAUGUGUUGUACGGCCAUCAGUUUUGCAACGUGGUGCCGGUGAGCGAAGUAAGCAGCAAGUGGUACAUGCCCUCAUACAUGUAUAAGCCGGAGGCAUAUCCUAAGUAUCUUUCCGGAGCCGGCUAUCUAAUGUCCAUCGAUGUAGUGCAGCGCUUGUUCGAGGCUUCGCUUAAUACGACGCUCGUGUAUCUGGAGGACGUUUACAUCACUGGGUUGUGUGCGCAAAGGGCUAAGAUCAAUCGACACCACCACCCGCUCUUCAGCUUUGCCCACUCGAAACAGAUGUGCGCUUUCAAGGGCAGCAUCACACAGCAUCAGUUAAAAGACGAUAGCAUGGUAGUCGCCUGGAACUACGUGGCCAACUACUCCAUCAAAUGCCCACCUCCGGGGCGGUACUUUAGCCAGGUUCGACUGCGAAAGCGGCCUAUCUGUUAGAAGUCCUAGCGUAGAACUCCAGGGUACACAUGUCCACUAACCCUACCCAUUUCUCCUGCUCUCUGGAUAAAAAGCGAUAUGAUAUAUGUUUUAUUGCUUUAGCAUAGAUUCUUGACAUUCAGUUCCUAUAAUUUCUUGCAGACCAUUUAGGCAUAAAAUGUAAUCAGCUUGAUGGCCAGGCAACAGUGAUAAAUAGCCCUAAUGAGGUCAUUCAUUCAUACAUAGUUCACUAACGAUAACUUCGCUUGUCAAGGCAUGUAUAUACAAUUUUAGAUGGAUUAAUGCCAAGCAUCCCCAAUACUCCAUAUCAAUGUUAAAAGUAAUGCACAAUGACAAACACAUAUUCUUAGAAUCUUAAGAAAUUAUAUAAUGACAUAGAGUUUAUAAUAGAAGAGAAAGUAUUUAUUUUUAGACAUCACUCGCCACAUAUGUGUAUCUUUAUUUACCAUAUGCUGUAAAUUAUUUUUUAGUCGGCACACAUCAUCACUAUCUUUUCACUUCUAAACUACAUAUAAAUAUCCUAUAUAAUCGUGAUGUAACAUGACCUUCUCCUCAAAUGAAAUCUAUUGAAUUGACGCACAGAAGUGUUCUUUAAUAAGAAAUAAUUUUUUUAAUUUAUGAUACGUAAAUUAAAU